AUGACAGAUCCAACCAAGGAGAAAUCAGGGGAUUCUAGUGUGGAUAAGUUGUAUGAGAUUUUAAGCAAAGUAUUUGAGCAGCAACAGCAACAACUCAAAGUGGUUUCUGAAGCAAUCAAGUAUGCACUUGAGCCUAAUCUAGUAAAGUUGGCUGGACCGAGCAAUUACAUCAGCUGGGCGCGUCAUGCCCAGUUAAUUCUGAGUUCUCAUGGCUACGAAGAAUUGCUUAGUGCUGAUGAAGAGAAACUGAAAAGUGGCACUAGCACAAAACAGAUUAAUGAUAGAGUGUUGGUUUGGUUAUUAGGAAGCAUGGAACCACCUAUUCGAGAACAAGUUGAGACUAUGACUACUAUAUUUGAAGUGUGGAAAGCUUUGGAGAAGCAAUUUUCAGGAAAGUCAAAUAAGAUGCAAGCUACUCGCAUCAUGCAUGAGUUGACUAACUUGAAACAAGGCUCGAAAUCAGUGACUGAGUAUGCAGGUGAGAUGAAGAGAUUGUACAGGGAGUUGCAUUAUUACCACCCUUUUGAGCCUGUUGACAAGAAUGACAUGGUUGUUCACUAUACCUGGUUUGAACCGUUUGUGGGCAAGCUCUUCCUCGAUGGCCUAAAUCAGGAGUUUGAUCUCCGUUGUCAGCUUAUAUUCUCCAAGACUGAAUGGCUAAGCCUUGACGAUAUCAUUUCCAGUGUGAUUGAGGAGGAGACUCGUCUUGCUCAACCCAAGGAGCAUGGUCAAGAAAAAUCAGAUGCACGUGCAGCCCUAUCCAUACAAGCUCGUCGUGCUCCUAAGUCCUUUGGUAAAAUAGAUAAAAGCAAACUUUUUUUCAACCAUUGCAAAAGGCCUAGACACACAAAGGAUGCAUGCUUUGAGCUGCAUGGCUAUCCAACUUGGUGGGAAAAUGGAAAGUCUCAGCCAGGGGGAGGUCAGGGAGCUCAUAAAAGACAAGCUAACCUCACUACAUCCAAGGGAGGGGGGGGGGGGUAUCGGUGGUAG